AUGGCUAUUUCUACUCAUGGUUUUAUUCGGAAUUACCGAUUUGUCAUAGGUGCUCUGACGGUUUUGAUGUUGAUCCUUAUGUUAAAGUUAUCAGCAAGUCCUAUUCCAUUUAAAGAUCCUAAAGCUACAAGUUAUGGUUCAGAUACUUAUAAGAUAUUACCUAUUAGCAAUAAGCCAGGGUAUGUUGAGGACAAACUCUCUCAAGCUGGCAACCCGGAUGUGGCUAAUGCUGUGAUGGAAGAUUUGGCGAACAGCUCAUCACAGAGUAAUAAGAACGCAAAGUGCGACAAGGACCACAAGUAUAUCAUAAUGAUUGAUGCUGGAUCUACUGGUUCCCGUAUUCAUGUCUACGAGUUUGAUGUAUGUACUCAGCCUCCUACACUUGUCGAAGAAAAGUUCAAAAUGUUAGAACCAGGUCUCUCUUCGUUUGAUACAGAUGCUGCAGGUGCUGCGGCUUCACUUGACCCAUUACUAAAAGUUGCAGUUGAUUUUAUUCCAGCUAGUAAAAGGUACUGUUCACCUGUGGCUGUUAAGGCUACUGCUGGAUUGCGUCUAUUAGGGGAAGAAAAGUCCACUAAAAUCCUCAAUGCUGUCCGUACGCAUUUGGAAAAAGAUUUCGAUUUUCCUGUAGUGGAGCGUGAUGGUAUUAGUAUUAUGGGCGGCGACGAAGAGGGCGUCUAUGCUUGGAUCACAACCAAUUAUUUGCUCGGAAACGUUGGUACAGAUGAAAAGAGCCAUACAGCAGCAAUAUUCGAUUUGGGAGGUGGUUCGACACAGAUUGUGUUUGAACCUAACUAUCCAGUAGAUGAGCCAUUGCUAGAAGGUGAUCACAAAUACCAGUUAGACUUUGGAUCUCACAAAUACACGUUGUACCAAUAUUCGCAUUUAGGGUACGGUCAGAUGGAAGCCAGGAAUAAAAUAAAUUCCCAAGUAGUGGAAAAUGCUAUAAAGAACAAGGUCAUCAAGGAUAAUCUCGAUACCGUUCACGAAAUUGUCUCACCAUGUUUAGCACCUGGAACUAGGAUCGAGAAGGCCAAGGUCACCGUAAACGCGAAAACCUACACCGUCAAUUUCAAGGCUCCACCUGAACCUGCAUAUUCACAAUGCAGAGCAUUGGCGGACAAGAUUCUAAAAAAGGAUUCCGACUGUAAACUUCUACCUUGCUCCUUUAAUGGUAUUCAUCAGCCAUCAUUGGUACAUUCCUUCCACUCAACAUCAGAUUUGUACGUAUUCUCAUACUUCUAUGAUAGAACUGCCCCACUUGGACUACCUUCCUCAUUCUCCCUCCAAGAGUUCAAAGACGUGAACAGAAUGGUAUGUAUGGGAAAGGAAUCUUGGCCGUCAUAUUUCGGUGGUAUUGAAGGGGCCUUAGAAAGCCUCUCAAAGCAGCCUAACUGGUGCUUAGACCUGACUUACCAACUCUCACUACUACAAAAUGGGUACGAUAUUCCGCUUCAUAGAGAGUUGAAGACUGCAGCUACUAUCAAGGGUAAAGAGCUCGGAUGGUGCUUGGGCGCAUCUUUAGCCGUCCUCCAAGCCGACAACUUGGAGUGCAAGGUCAUGAAGGAAUCAAAGGUAUAA